UCCGCCUGCCCUCCAGGCGCCUAAGAUGGCCGCCGCGCCUGCGGCUCGCCCGUGAAGGCCGGCCAGGCGCCCCCGGGGAGGCAUGGAGCCGCCUCCCGUCCCGGCCGCCGCCGCCGCCAGCCCCGAGCGCCUCUUCGACUCCCACCGGCUGCCGAGCGACGGGCCGCUGCCGGUGCUGCUGGCGCUGCUGCUCUAUGCGCCGGUGGGGCUGUGCCUGCUGCUGGUGCGGCUCUUCGUGGGGCUGCACGUCUUCCUGGUCAGCUGUGCGCUCCCGGACGGCGCCCCGCGCAGGUUCCUGGUGCGCGCCAUGUGCUCCGUGCUGGGCCUCUUCGUGUGGCAGAGCCGGCCGCGCCGCGUCCGCGCCCGCGUCCUGGUGGCCAACCACGUCACGCCCUUCGACCACAACGUCCUGGGCCUGCUGGCCUCCUGCAGCGCGCCCGUGCUGAACGGCGCCGCCGGCUUCCUCUGCUGGUCCCGCGGCUUCCUGGAGGUGGCCGGCGCCGAGAGCCGCGCGGAGCUGCUGGAGUCGCUGAAGGGCUACUGCUUGCAGGGCGGCAAUCCGCCGCUGCUGCUCUUCCCCGAGGAGGAGACCACCAACGGCCGGGUGGGCCUGCUGCGUUUCAGCUCCUGGCCCUUCUCCAUCGUGGACGCGGUGCAGCCAUUGGCUCUGCAGGUCUGGAGGCCCUUCGUGGCUGUGAGCGUGGCUGGCGCUUCCUGGUUCACUGAGCUGCUCUGGACUUUCUUCGUUCCUUUCACCGUUUAUCAAGUAAGGUGGCUUCCCUCUGUGUACAGAGAAGCCGAGGAGACCCAGGAAGAGUUUGCCCUGCGAGUUCAAGAGCUUCUAGCUCUGGAGUUAGGCGUGGUGUCUACAUGCCUCACAGCCGCUGACAAAGCAGAGCACCUGAAGCGUCUCCGCCACCACCCUCCAGCUUCCCGUCCUCCCCCACCUUCAAGCCAACCCUCCGGGAGUCGGCCCCAAAUCUCGCGCAGCAUGCCCUCCACGGAGAACGUACACUUGAUAGGCCUGGCCCAGCGUGUCCGAGAAGUUCUACCCCAGGUGCCCAUGUCAGCUAUCCGCAAAGACCUAGCUCAGACUAACUGCGUGGACACCACAAUUGCCAAUCUUUUGGAGGGGCGGGUUCCCUUCGUACCAGAGGCAGAGACCGAAGGCUUUGUGGCUGCAGCUCCCUCCUUCUACGGUGCUCAGGAUCCUACCACCUCCCGAAUAGCCCCGGCAUCGGGGAAGCUCUUUGCCAGAUCUGCGGAAGCCAGACAACUCUCUCUCCAGGAACGGAAGCAAGCGCUCUGGGACUACGCCAGAAGGAGAUACACAGAGAAAUAUGGAAUAGCCCACGCGGAGGGCAGCUGCUGACCAGCUCCUUAGCCUGAACUUGUGGCUCGGUAGACAAUGAUCUUUGCAGGGAAUCACUGCUGUCCUGGGGCGACCAAGGCGGUGGCUCUUGAGAAGUAUUGUGUGUGCCAUCCAUGGGCUGCCUCUGCAGGUGGGGAGGCUGCAGCCAAGCACAGGCGGCCCAGCGUUCCCGCGUUCCCAGAGUCUCUGCCCAGCUUGGGGGGGGGAGGGGUCUUUAUGAAAAUAAACACGACUCUUAAUGCUCAUCCACUUGGGUCAGGUGCUGCUUGUUUUGGUAUGAGAGAGAGAGAAACCCCUGGAAAAGUCACGUUCUCUUUGGAAGUUUCCGGCUGCUGCAGGUAACUCCCAGCUUGACCACCUGGACUUCUCGUACUGUUCUGUCAGAGGGAAGAUUCCAGUGCAAGUGGUUGAUUUUUACAUCAGUGGUAGGGAGGGCGGUGGGGAACUGAUGGUAUGAAGGCCCUUCCGUGUUCCCUGCUCUUCCUGGGCUGCUUCACCGAAGGGCCUCCUGAGAAGCGUCUGAGCAUCUUCCAAGUGUCCAGACCAACUCUUUUGAAUUUUUAGGAGCCAGGAAAUUGGCUCGGAUGUUCUGAGAGAUGCUUCUGGAAGAUACUUUAUUGUUGCCAACCCACAAAAAAGGGGUUUUUUGUACUGAUUGUUGAAUUUUGUUACCCGUCUUCCGAUGGUUAUACUUUCCACGAAAUGAGCACUUACUACACUGUUUAAUGGUUUUAUCUAGGCUGUAUCGUUUACUGGAGUUUGCCAUGGUUGGCCAGUUUGUGGCUCAGCGUUGUGUGAACCCACACACACAGCUGGAGUAGUUGUGGUUGCUCUGCAGACGGGUUGCCUGGCCAUAUCUAUGCUCAGAGGGGUCGCUACCUUGGCUUGCCAGCAGCCCCGUGGGCUGGAGCUACUGGCUGUGUUAGUUAAGUCUGAUUUCUCAGCAGUUGGUAACCAGUUCCUAACUUAUCGGCUGUGUUUGCAUGGCAACCUUAUCUAGAGAUCCCUUGACUCAGAUUUCGAGGGUUGUGGGGCACCUUGGAACCCCUCUUAGUGGCCCCAACUGGGGUCACGUUACAAACUAGGUUGACUGGUUAGCAGCUCAACAUCCAGUGCAGACCCAAGCAGCGUUCUGGGUACAAAGCCAUUUCUGGAAGGAUCCUUUUUAGCUUCCCCCUUAAGCUGUGCUCCUUUCCAAUGGCUCAGGUGAGGAUGGUGAUAAAUGCAAAACUAAGAGGAGACUGGAGAAAUGUUUGCGUUUUAAAAGCUAAGGGAGCUUGUGAUCCGUUGUCCAGGGAAUUCUGAGGACCGUUUGGCAAUCCCCUCUGCGUGUUUUCACAGAAAUGGGAGAUUCCCUUCCCAUCAGAAACGGGGGAGAGAAAGAGGGAGGACUUUCCCACUCACCGUGGGGCAUUCUGAGGCUUUUGAGAUGGAAGUAGUAAAUUGCUGCUUCUGGUUGAUGUCCUUGAGUUGUGUGUCUGUCCGUCCCCACCCGGUUCUGCUUGCCUUUUGUGUCAUUUCUGCCAUUAACUUUCUGAUGAACGAUGAAUAAAUGCCAAGCAAUGGUUUUUGCUAGC